CCCCGUCCCCUCCCCCCCUUCGCACCCUUGGACCCCACAUGCCCGCUUCCCCUUCCACCUACCCGUAGCUCCGGCUUUUCGAUACGCUUUGAGGUUGAAGAGCCUCCCAAAGACAGACCGCGCUUGUCACGAGACACACGACCCAGAGAGAGAAAGAGACACGGAGAGAGAGAGAGAGAGAGACACGCACGCGCACGUCAGAGUCAACGCAUCCGCCGCAGCAUUCCUGCGGAUCGACACCACACAGCUUCUUCUUAGUGCCGGCUUGGAAACAUUCAAUGCUCAUCUCAACGCGCCCUCGUUCCGCCUUGCUCUGUUGUUUACGUUCUUGUCCCACGCCUCGACGAGUCUCUACUUUGACGACCUCACCCUUGUCGCUCGAAGCCAAAGCCCGUAUAUGCGAGCCACUUCCGUUUGACCGAACCCAUACGUAUUGAGUCCAGUGGCAGACACCAUAACUCGUGUCAUCUGAUCUCGGCCACUCACUUCGGGUUGCCUUAGUAGUCGACGUCACAGCCAAAGAAGCAAACGUCGCCAUUGACAAGGAGUCACAAAACAGACUCCAUUACCCAGCCAACGUGCCAAUUGGCUCUGCAAGCAGUCUCUAAACAGGGGAGACUGCGCUCAAUACGCGACCAUGACGACCGAAACGACCACUGUGCCAGCCCUCGAGGCCGCCGCCGCCGACCCGGCCACCGAUCUAUCGGCCCUGACGACCGUGACGACGGCGACCGCGGGAGAGCUGGCGUCGACAGAUCAACAUGACCAUCAUGACCACCACGAUCAUCACGAACACCAUGAUGACUCCAACGACACUUCGUCCGAUCAGGAGCCGAGCAAGAAGCGCUCCUCAUCCGUCGCCGACCUGAAAGACGGUGCGCCCCCGGCCAAGGUGACGAAGCGCAGAGCCGCCCGCGCCUGCGUGAGCUGUCGCGCGCGCAAAGUCCGCUGCGACGUCGUCGAAGGCGCGCCCUGCGGUAACUGCAGAUGGGACAAUGUCGAGUGCGUUGUCCAGGAGAGCCGUCGACGAAAGAAAAAUCUCUUGACUGCCAGCACGGCGGUGCACCCGGGAGCCGAGGCACAAUUACGCUCCAAGGGCACGAACCCAGUCAACAUUCACAGCAGCGCGGAGCUGCGCCGACCUAGCAAUGCCUCGGUGGCUUCGGUCAACGGAUCAGUUGCAGCGAAUCCCGUCCCGGCCACUUGCAUGCCUCUGGGCGCGACAACACCAGCCAUUGGUGCUGGAGCCGCAGCUGUGACUGGAAUUGGCCCAGGCGUCCUCGGGGGUCUUUCGGUUCCUGGCGGUUCUUCAGACGGCCUUGAGGGCCACGUUCCUCAUAUGCUUUACCAACGAUCGGGUUACCGUCAUGACAGCGCUGCACUGCUCACCAAGCUGCAAUCGGCCGCGGCCGCAGCGUCAGCAGACAGCAACUCUCGUCGCCUCCUGUCGAACCUCCUGGCCCAGGCCUCCCUCUUUGGCGGCAUGGCCAGCGGCGACGGCCGAACAAGUCAAUUUCUCGCCUCCCUCGAGGAGCCCGACCUCCACGCUCAGCUCCCACCCUUUGUGAAACCGCUGCCUGCCAAGAUCGCCCAGGAAGAUGUCACCUACCUCCACGCCAAGGGGGCCCUGACUCUGCCCACGCUGCCGCUGCAGAAUGCCCUUCUGCAGGCCUACAUCGAAUUCGUUCAUCCCUAUAUGCCGCUGCUCGAGCUGUACGACUUUCUGGCCGUCAUCAAUGCCCAGGACGGGCUAUGCGGCCAGAUCAGUCUGUUCCUUUAUCAGGCUGUCAUGUUCGCCGCCACUGCCUUUGUCGACAUGAAGGUUCUCCGCGAGGCCGGCUACCCCACGCGCAAGGCCGCCAGGAAGGCCUUCUUCCAGAAGACGAGGCUACUGUACGACUUCGACUACGAGUCGGAUCGUCUCGUCCUCGUUCAGGCCCUCCUGUUGAUGACGUACUGGUACGAGACACCCGACGACCAAAAAGACACAUGGCAUUGGAUGGGUGUCGCCAUCUCUCUGGCCCACACCAUUGGCCUGCACCGUGAUCCGGCCGCCACGAGCAUGCCGGUGCGGAAGCAGAAGCUAUGGAAGCGCAUCUGGUGGUCGUGUUUCAUGCGCGAUCGCUUGAUUGCACUGGGCAUGCGUCGGCCCACCCGCAUUAAGGACGAGGACUUCGAUGUGCCGAUGCUGCAGGAGUCCGAUUUUGAGUUGGAGGUUCUGCCCGAGGAGAACAAGGUCGUCCCCGCCGAGUCCAUGCUGCUUCGGGAUGUCUCGAUGCAGCGGGAGCUGGCAGCCCUGUGUAUCUCCAAGGCCCAGCUCUGCAUCUGCAUCAGCCACAUGCUCAAGGCGCAGUACUCAGUCCUGAUUCGGGAUAAGAUGCGCCCGGAGAACACGGUCAACAGCACCAUGAUGCUGUUCCCCAACAAGAAGCUCGACAACGUCGAGAGCGUGACCUCGGUCGACCUGGAACUCAUGGCCUGGGCCGACACCCUGCCGGCCAUUUGCCAGUAUCGCCCCCUGACGCCGCUGGAUGUCAAAAACGGGCGAUCGACCGUCGCUGUCCAGCGCACGCUGUUGCACAUGGUUUACUACACCACCAUCUCGGCGCUGCACCGGCCUCAGUUCCUACCGUCAUCCCCCAUCCAUGCGCCAACGACCUCACGGCAGGUGCAGGAGAUGUCCCGCCUGAGGGUCCGCGAUGCUGCCAUGCAUGUCACCCGGAUGGCGGCUGAGCUACACCAGUUGCGUCUGGAGAGAUUUCUCCCCACCACUGGCGUCACGGUUAUCCUGCCGGCCAUGAUCAUCCAUCUUCUGGAAAUGAAGAAUCCUGUGUCGCAGUCGAGAGACCGCGCCACCCGCGGCUUCCGCCAGUGCAUGCGCGUCAUGGAGAAGCUGCGCGAGAUUUAUGCCGCCGCCGACUACGCCACGGGCUUCCUGGAUGCGGCCCUGCGCAAGGCCGCCAUCGACAUCAACCUUCAACAGACUGCUGCGCCCAUGACGCAGCAGAACCUGAAGCUCGCCGAGCCGACGUUCGGCGCGCAGACGCCCCCGCCCGACAAUAUGCCGUACAUGACGAGCGGUGAGGCUCUCUUCGCUCACAAACCGAACCCGCAGCGCGACUUUCUGCCGCAGACCAUCAACGCCGCGGCGCUCGACCUGUCGGUCACGAGCCCGCCGCAAACGGAGAAGGACCACGAGUCGGCGCUUGGCGGCAUGACGCCGAGCGCGAGUGGCAGCUCCGAGGAGCCAGGCCCGCUUGACCUCGAGUUCUUGCAGACGCAAGAAGAGAUUGACUGGAACGCCAUGACUGGGACCGAGUUUGACGUUGAUCAGUGGCUGCAGUUCCCGCCUGAAGGCGUCAACAACACGGAUGAGGGGUUCAUGACGAACGUGUUUGGCGAGGAAAGCAUGAGCGACGCCAUGAAUUGGGCGGCGACCGGAACUGUUGAGAAGGAGGGUGAAGGCGCCGCUAAAAUCGCCACCCUCGCCUAAUAUGCACAAUUUCAUUGAUAGACUCCUUUGGGAGUAGAGUUUUACUGGAAGCAUGGUACACGGAGUCGGGACAUGGAGCACGAAAAAAAGGGAGGCCCGGGUUGUUAUGAAAAGGCGUUUGCGGCUGUCACUGGAAUAGGAGGGAGGUCUUUGGUAUACCCUCAUGCGGCGCCCGGCUUAUUCAACUAGUUUCGAUGAUUUUGAAUGAGAACAUGAGUUUC